AUGAACAUGAAUUUGGCGUCGUUCAACAACGGCUUUUCUCGUUCUCACGGGAAAAUAUACGGCCAGGUCUCAGUGGACGAGGAUUUUGAAUACCAACACCAGCAAGCCUUAGGAGUCAUCAUUGGAGUCGUGAUUGCCGUGGCGGCCGUGUGCAGCGUCGCCGUGGCGUUGCUCUGGUGGCGGCAACACCGCGGACGUGGUCUCAAGACCGGUGGAACUCCGUUGGCCGGAACCGAAAAAAGUGUUACCAUCAACAUGAAGAGUCACCUGCUCCUAAAACUUAUGGUUGUGGUCGUUCGGCGAUUGCCGUGCAAUUCCUUGCUGAUGCCGACGGUCGUGCCGAGCAAUGAAUGUCCUCCAUAUGAAAUUUUGCACCCGCAAAUAGUUCCACUGAAACACCCGACGCCGACUCCGGUCGUAAAUCACGCUUACACAACGAUUGAAAACACGAGCAGCUGUUAUUCCGAAUCGUAUGAACGAAGAGUAUCAGGAGAUGCAGGUGUGUCGCAAGGCGAAUAUGCUGUGCCAACCACGGCCUCGUCUUUGUUGUUGCUUCAGCAGCAGCAUGUUAGUGGCGACGCCAGCAACACCAACUCCAGUGGCAACGCGACGACCGUCACCAAUUUAGAAAGCAACACCACCAGCACCGGGCCCACCAGCCUUGUAAGCGACUAUAGGGCUAUGGUGGCGGCGGCGGCUGCAGAAGCCGCGGCAGCUGACAUCGGCGCAUACUGUUCGACGACGAGCGGAGUGACACCUUCCAAGCGAGUGCCAUCUUGGACUCCUGGCUGUUCUUCGCGGCGGCAGUUCUCCAUGGACUCGUCAAGGUUGGCUCGUGUCGACAGGAAAAACCUUCACUUCGUCCGCAAACUAGGCAUGGAUGACUACGGAGAGGUAAGCCUGUGCCUUCUCGAUUGCCAUGCUGACGAGCCAGGGCGCUCAUCCUCGAAGCAAAUGGUCGCAGUGAAAUCCUUGAGUGCUGGAGCUACUGAAAUUCUUCGAAAAUGUACACUGGUCUGGACUGUCUCGAGAAAACAUUGUGCUGAGUCGACGACGAGCGGAGUGACACCUUCCAAGCGAGUGCCAUCUUGGACUCCUGGCUGUUCUUCGCGUCGGCAGUUCUCCAUGGACUCGUCAAGGUUGGCUCGUGUCGACAGGAAAAACCUUCACUUCGUCCGCAAACUAGGCAUGGAUGACUACGGAGAGGUAAGCCUGUGCCUUCUCGAUUGCCAUGCUGACGAGCCAGGGCGCUCAUCCUCGAAGCAAAUGGUCGCAGUGAAAUCCUUGAGUGCUGGAGCUACUGAAAUUCUUCGGAACCAAAUCAAUUUUGAAUCGCAUAUCAACGUUGGCCUCCUCAUUCCGGCGCCACCGCCGCCAUCAGUGCCGCCGCCGCCGGCUGUUGAGGCCUACGACACUUACGACAUUCAUACCGGGAAGCGUGAGACGGUAGUGGACUCGCCGAACAUCAACAAUAACCUGCUCAUGUCGGGGUCGCCUGCUGCGAAGCCGAUGCAAGUGGGAUUCGUGUCCAGAAUUCCGAAACACAAGAUCCAUUUCGUCCGGAAACUCGGUGACGGAGACUUCGGAGAGGUCAGUCUAUGCGUUUUGGAGGAUCAUCCAGACGAAGCCGGCCGAGUGGUGGGAAAGCAAAUGGUGGCUGUCAAGUCACUGAAUGGCGGAGCAACUGAGCUUUUAAGUUCUGAGAUCACGGACUUGGCCGUGUGUCAGCCAGAGUUUUCGUCUCACUACUACCGUACCGAAGGCGGCCCGUUGCUGCCUGUUCGCUGGAUGGCCUGGGAGUCCAUCAUGGCUGGUCGAUGGUCUGUCAAGAGUGACGUUUGGUCUUUCGGAGUCACGUUGUGGGAGAUUUUGACACUGGCCAAGUCGUUGCCCUACGGAAGCUUUACGAACGAGCUGGUGAUUGAUAACUUGAUGCAUAUUCAACGCACCGGGGAAUCCAAGUCGAUGCUGGCGGUUCCUCCGCAUUGCCCGAAAGAGCUGUACGACCUGAUGCGGGAAUGCUGGCUGAAGAACGAAGCAGAAAGGCCUCAAUUCAAAGAGAUCCACAUGUUCUUGCAACGCAAAAAUCUUGGCUAUAAGCCUGCACAGUGCUGAUCCGAAAUUUUGCGGCUUUUUCUUUUUCAUAUCGCAGACGUGUGUUGAACAUACUUGAUUAUCAAGCCCGUAUAUUCAGCGCACAGAAUGCUUUCUUUGGUUUUUUUUCUCCUUUUCCGUUUUGGAUACGAUUGUGGCUGUUUAAGUUGUGCCGAAUGAAUGGCAUUUUAAUGAAUCGAUUUUGAAGUGAAAUAAAUGUGCUUUGAAUGCUAA